AUGGCUGAAUUGGGGAAUGAUAAGAAGAUGGGGAGGAAAGGAAAAUGGUUUUCUAGUGUAAAGAAAGCUCUUAGCCCUGAUUCAAAGGAGAAGAAAGACCAGAAAUCAAAUAAAUCAAAGAAGAAAUGGUUUGGCAAGCAACAACUGGAUUCGGAUUCCACUUCUUUAGAAAAUGUGACAAUGCGAUCUCCUCCUCCUCAACCAGAAGAGGUGAAAUUAAUUGAAGCCACAAAUGAAGAGAACCAGGAUACCUACCCUGAACCAGUUGCCACUGCUGCAGCAGCUGAGCCUGCUCCGUCUACUGUCCAAACCACCAUUGAGGUUGUUCAACUAACCACGAUUAAUAAAUAUGCUGGCAAAUCAAAGGAAGAAGUGGCGGCAAUUAAGAUUCAAACUGCAUUCCGAGGAUACAUGGCAAGAAGAGCAUUGCAGGCUCUGAGAGGGUUGGCCAGGCUCAAAUCUCUGAUGGAAGGGCCUACAAUAAAAAGACAAGCAAGUCAUACCCUCCGCUGCAUGCAGACUCUAACUCGGGUGCAGUCACAGAUUCACAUAAGGAGGAUCAGAAUGUCAGAAGAGAACCAGGCCCUACAGAGACAACUCCUACAGAAGCAUGCAAAAGAUCUUGAAAGCUUGCGGAUGGGAGAGGAAUGGGAUGACAGUCUACAGUCAAAGGAACAGAUUGAAGCUAACCUGCUAAACAAGUUUGAGGCAGCUAUGAGAAGGGAAAGAGCAAUGGCUUAUUCUUUCUCUCAUCAGAAAACAUGGAAGAAUUCUUCGCGAUCUGCAAACCCUAUGUUCAUGAGUGGCAAUCCAUCCUGGGGUUGGAGCUGGUUGGAACGAUGGAUGGCAGCCCAUCCAUGGGAGAGCCGGAGCAUGUCGGAGAAAGAACUAAAUAAUGACCACUCAUCUGUAAAGAGUGGGAGCCGCAGCAUUACUGGAGGAGAAAUAAGCAAAUCUUUUGCUCGCUACCAGCUCAAUUCUGAUAAACUAACUCCAAGAGAAAGUGGAAGACCAACCAAAACCACAAACCUACAGUCCCCAUCAACUCCUAACAAGCCAGCUGCUUCUGCAGUUGCUAGAAAAUUGAAGUCAGCUAGCCCAAAGAGUAGCAUUGGGGGCCUAGAUGAUGACUCUAGAAGUAUGGUCAGUGUUCAGUCAGAUCGUAGUAGAAGGCAUAGCAUCGCAGGUUCAUUUGUGCGAGAUGAUGAGAGCCUUGGAAGCUCUUCAGCAUUUCCAAGUUACAUGGUACCUACAGAAUCUGCAAGAGCAAAGUCCAGAUUACAAAGCCCAAUGGGGGCAGAGAAGACCGAGAUGCCAGAAAAGGAAAAGGGACCUUUGGGGUCUGCAAAGAAACGGCUUUCCUACCCUCCAUCACCAGCCAAAGGAAGGAGGCAUUCAGGUCCCCCGAAGUUGGAAAGCAGCUUAAAAGCAGAAAACAGUGUGGCUGUUGGCGAUGGCAUUUAA